AUGGAUUCAAAGUCGAACCUUAGCUUGCACAUGCAGAUCUGCUAUCGGUUGCCAGACUAUUUUGCUAGAAUCCUCGAGGAGCACAAGUGGCCAGUGUGGCACGGGCCGCAGGCUUGGCUGGGUCUUCUUCUCCUUCUCCUUCUUCUCUCCCUCCUCCUCCUGCUUCUUCUGCGAGUCGAGGAGGAAGCGAGGCAAAGUUGUGACUCUCGUGUUCGUGUUCAAGCCGAGGGCGACCUGAGGAGCUUCAGCGAGAGGCGCGAGCACUUCAGGAGCCGCGAUCCAGCCAGCGGCCAAGAGCUCUUCACCCAGGAGUCGAGGCCGCCCGAGCUCGUCCAGCUGUACCGCGACGCCACCGAGACGCCCAUACACAUCAUGCGCGAGAUCGACCAGCUCAGAGAUGACGGGAUCCGGAGCUCCAGGUUCUUCAUGUGCGAACCCGUCCUCGGCGACUCCCUGAAGAAGGAGAAAUUACGAAAACUUAACCUGGACAUCGAAACGAGAAGGCUGGGAACGGGGGCAAGAGGGAAGGGCCGCUAUGCAAGUAAUAUGGAAUGGGACGCGGGUGAGGGCUCUGGCGUUCGUUUCCGCAGUCAUGGUCGGAUGGACGUGCUGUUUUAA